UAAUCACAAAAAGUAUACGCAUCGGCCGUCGUCAAAAAUCAUUAUCACUGUUGGUACUCGGUAGUCUCUCCAUGUGCGUAUGCGAGUUUGAUCGCCCGCGACUGACCUGCCGCCUUCAUUUUUAUUCAUUCGCAUUGUUAGGAUCAACACGUUUUACCCGAACGGAUUUAAAAAGUGGUGCCAAAUGUCAAGGGCCAAUUAAUCCCUGAAAAUCUUUAUUUCAUUUUAAUAGAAUUCAACCUUCUAAAAAAAAUGAGAGCUACCGUUUCACUAUGGUUUCUGGUAUUUUCCGGGUUUGCUUGCAACUACAUGAUACGUAUCAAUUUAAAUAUCGCCAUAGUGGAUAUGACUACAGUAAUAAGUAAAAACAGUGGGACACAAAGCAAUAUGUGCCCUAAUACGACCGUUCUGAGUAACCGUUCAUCAUUGCCAGUCCAUGAAACAGAAUUCAAAUGGUCCGAUAAAGAAAGAGCAAUGGUUCUUGGUUCGUUUUAUUGGUUGCAUUGGGCAACACAAUUACCUGGAGGCUUACUAGCACGAACUUAUGGAGCAAAACGAAUUUUUGGCUUCAGUAAUUUGGCAAUGUUUGUUUUGUCGUUCUUAAUGCCUUUGGCCGCUCGAUGGGAUAUUAAAGCUCUAGUGGCCGCCCGAGCUAUACAAGGCCUUAUAGGAGGUAUGGCGUGGCCUUCUGUACAUCAUCUAACAGCCCAUUGGAUACCACCAAAUAAACGGAGCAAUUUUAUCACUGCAUAUCUGGGCAGUUCGAUUGGUGUUGCUAUUACUUAUCCGUUAUGUGGUGUCAUCAUGGAGCAAUUGGGAUGGUCAUAUGUAUUUUAUACAACAGCAACAGUUGGUGUAUUGUGGUUUAUCGCUUGGUGGAUGUUAGUAUAUGAUACACCAGCUGAACAUCCAUUUAUAUCUCCAAAUGAACUUGCUCACAUCACUAGCAGUCUAACUACUAUGGUAUCAUCAAAGCCUUUACCUAUUCCAUGGAAAUCUGUAGUGACAUCUUUACCAGUAUAUUGUGCAUUAUUUGUUCAAUGGGGAACAGGAUGGGCUCUUCAUACUCUUAUGACACAGACACCAACUUAUUUAAACCUCAUGUUUGGAUGGAGCCCACAAAUGAUUGGAAUGUGGUCAGGGUUACCUCAUUUGACCAGAUUUUUUUUCUCCUUAUUCUUAUCAUUUGGUAUAGAUUCAUUAAUGUCUUCUGGUUUAUAUAGUCGAACUUUUGUACGCAAAAUUUCUACCAACAUAUGUACUUGUGUGCAAGCUGUACUUGUACUAGCAAUCGUUUACAUGGGUUGUGAUUAUAUCUUAGUUAAUGUAUUUUUGGUCUUAGCAAUGACUGCUAGUGGUGCAUCAACAUCUGGCCCACUGUCAAUGAUGGUUGAUUUAGCACCUAAUUUUGCUAGUGUAUUGCAAGGUUUCAGUGGUAUAAUUGGAGUGAUUCCAGGAAUGAUUUCACCUUUUGUCUUGUCAUAUUUUACAAAUGAUAAUAAUACUCUAGAAUCAUGGCAACAUUUCUUUGCUCUUUCAGCUGUGAUUAUAGCUAUGCCUGGUAUUAUGUACAAUUUUGUUGGUUCUAGUGAACUUCAGACAUGGAAUAAUCCUGAAACUGUUAAUAACCACGAGCUGACAACUACUAAUGGUCAAUCUAAAAAAUAAUAAUUAACUUUUAAUACUUUUUCAUAUAAUUUCUUCAAACCAUUUAAUUAUUACUAUGUGAAUAAUAUUAAUAUUUAUUGUACAGAUCAAAUUUCCAGUUUUUAAAAAUACUUUUUUAUUAAAACUAGAUAGUUAUUA